GCUGCCACAAACCCGGCGGAGAGCGGAGGGGAAGGGGCGCGUGCUACCGGGAGAGAGAGAGAGGGAACAGGGCAGAGCGUCUGAGUGAAGACAAGCACAGUUGUGGGAAGACAGCGGAGAGGCACCACGUUUCUUUCUGCCUACCAGCUUUACGCACGCAGAUCGAGCUGCUCGGAGAUCCUGCGUUGUCUUUUGCGCAUGAACGGACCAUUACCGGGAAACUAGAUGGGAACACAUUUAAUUUCCUUACCAAGAAAAUGCGCCUUUGCAUAAAACAUUUGGAAAUAUUUUGAAUCCAAGGAGGAAAGACGCGAGUUACUUUUCCCCGUUUCCGUCGCAGUUAGCGCUCUCUGAUGAUCUUUUUGGUUUCUAGUUAAUUUGAAAUGCACAAUUUUCUUUAUUUACUCUGCUGAUCUGUUUCCCUGCGCUGCCGACUGUGCGCACAGCAAUGGAUUUUAAACUGUGUUUAGAGUUCAAAUUGCGUUUCUAGACAAGUUGCUCUGGUUGAGGAGAAGUGGCGGCACGCACUCACACUGCCCGCAUGAACUGUUUAUUUUCUCCGGCGUGAUAUUCUUAGAUAGUCGGGUAAACGCUGUCCCGGCUUUUGGAUUUUGGACACAACCGUGUUGCACGUUAGAAAAACAGAUAACUGUGGAAACGGACAGGAAAGUGCGACCUGGGCUGGAGCCGUGUGUCAGAUAAAGCAAAUAAAACCACACAGGAAGAGAAGACGUGUUUUAUUCUGAGGGGGAAGGAUGGAUUUAUUCGUUUGGCUCUGUGGAUGUAUUUUGGCUCUUCUGUUACCGUCAGCGGUAAAAGCCGGGGAAGGAGCAUCUGAACCAUGCGGCGGCUAUUUGGAUGCAAGCGAUGCGGGCUACAUCACCACCCCCGGCUACCCUCUGGAGUAUCCACCUCACCAGAACUGCCGCUGGGUCAUCACGGCCCCUGAGCCUUCGCAGCGCAUCGUCCUGAACUUUAACCCGCACUUUGAAAUAGAGAAACUGGACUGCAGGUAUGACUAUGUAGAGAUCCAUGACGGGAACUCAGAGUCAGCUGACCUACUGGGGAAGCACUGCAGCAACAUUGCCCCCCCACCGAUCAUUUCGUCGGGGCCUGCGCUCCACAUCAAGUUUGUGUCAGACUACGCCCACCAGGGGGCGGGGUUCUCGCUCCGCUAUGAAAUCUUCAAAACUGGUUCAGACUGUUCCCGUAACUUUAGCAGUCCCUCGGGUCUCAUCGAGUCCCCGGGAUUUCCCGACAAAUACCCCCACAACCUCGAGUGCGCCUUCAUCAUCAUUGUCCCGCCCAGAAUGGAUGUCACCCUCACCUUCCUCACCUUUGACCUGGAGAACGAUCCUCUGCCAGGUGGAGAUGGAGACUGCAAGUACGACUGGCUGGAAGUUUGGGACGGGCUCCCGGGAGUGGGCCCUCUGAUCGGUCGAUACUGUGGGACCAGGGUGCCUCCCGAGAUCCAGUCAUCCACUGGGAUCCUCUCUCUGUCCUUCCACACGGACAUGGCCGUGGCUAAAGAUGGCUUCUCGGCUCGCUAUAACAUGACGCACAAGGAAGUCAGCGAGACCUUCCACUGCAGUAAUGCGUUUGGCAUGGAGUCAGGAAAGAUCACCGACGACCAGAUCACGGCAUCGUCGACCUUCGCCGACGAACGCUGGCUGCCGCGACAGGCCCGACUCAAUUACAACGAUAACGCGUGGACGCCCUCGGACGACAGCAACAAGGAGUACAUACAGGUGGACCUCCAUACUCUGAAGGUGCUUACCGGCAUUGCCACACAGGGCGCCAUUUCAAAGGAAACGCAGAAGAAUUACUUUGUUACCUCCUUCAAGCUAGAGGUCAGCACAAACGGAGAAGACUGGAUGAUCUACAGACACGGCAAAAACCAUAAGGUUUUCCAUGCCAACGCUGACGCCACAGAGGUGGUCCUCAAUCGAAUCCCACAGCCGGUCCUGGCCCGCUUCGUGCGGAUUAAACCUCAGACAUGGAAGAACGGCAUUGCGCUGCGGUUCGAGCUCUACGGCUGUCAGAUCACGGAUGCCCCCUGCUCAGAGCUGCAGGGCAUGUUGUCUGGUUUGCUUCCUGACUCGCAAAUCACUGCGUCCUCCAUGAGGGACAUCCACGGCUCCAUGGGGGCCGCCAGGCUGGUGGCCAGUCGAUCAGGCUGGUUUCCCAACCCAACACAACCCAUAGUUGGAGAAGAGUGGCUGCAGGUGGACCUCGGUGUGCCCAAGAUGGUGCGUGGCAUUAUUACCCAAGGUGCACGAGGCCUGGAGGGCAGUGCGGAGAACAGAGCAUUUGUCAGGAAGUACAAACUGGCUCACAGCUCGAAUGGCAAAGACUGGACCUACAUCACUGACAGCAAGACUGGGUUUGCUAAGAUUUUUGAGGGCAACAGCCACUACGAUACUCCAGAGGUGCGGAGGUUUGACGAGAUAGUGACUCAGCACAUCCGAGUUUUUCCAGAGAGAUGGUCGCCCGCCGGGAUCGGCAUGAGGAUGGAGGUUCUCGGCUGUGACCUGCCUGAAACCACCACUGUACCUGACAUUGUGACCCCCACCACACCCAGAGUGGAACAGACGACCUCUGUGAUGAGAUCUGCCACCACUCCGUCCCUGUCGGCCGUGUGUGGCUUUGAGCAGAGCCUGUGCGGGUGGUCGGCUGAUCCCCAGUCAGGUGUGAGCUGGACCCUGCACACAGCCAGCAGCAGCUCCACUGGGCAUGGCGCUCAUGGAACAAGGCAGGACCUGGCACUGGGAUCAGAAAAUUUUUCAGGGAACUACCUUCACCUCGAUGCCGGAAGCCACACCCUGCGCAAGAAAGCCCGGCUGCUGAGCCCCGAAGUGGGGCCAGAGCAAGGCCCGCUCUGCCUCCAGUUCUACUACCAGCUCCAGGGAGAGGCACAGGGCAGCCUGAGGGUCCUGCUGAGGGACAGCGACCAGGGAGAGACCCUGUUAUGGGCAUUAAAAGGUGACCAGGGCAGUCACUGGAAAGAGGGGCGCACCAUCCUGCCUCGAAGCCCCAGAGAAUAUCAGGUGGUGUUUGAGGGGUUUUUUGAACACCCGACAAGAGGACACAUCAGAAUAGACAACAUCCACAUGAGCAGCAGCGCUGACCUGGAGCAGUGUGCACAGCCUUUGCAUGCUUUACUUCCUGGCCUGAAAAGGGGUGCCAUAUCUGGAAUGGAGCCCACAGUAGACACAGUGGUGGUGCAGCCAGUCCCUGCCUUCUGGUACUAUGUGUUGGCGGGAGGCGGUGCUCUCUUGGUGCUGGUCAGUAUAACCGUGCUGGUGAUACUGUGCUGCCACCGGUACCACUGGGCGACCAAGAAGACCAGCAGUAGUCAUCAUCAUUCGGUGACGUACCGCAACAACCAACUGCCAUAUCAGCAAGGUCGCCAAAACUGGUACCAGAGCCAAAACCCAGGCUGUAAUCUGAUCCAUAGCCCUAACCAAAACAACCUGAACCCGAACACCGGGCCGAGUCUGGAACCCAUGCUCACCAUAUCACUGGAGAAAGAUGACAGCUACGACUCCCAGUGUUGAAAAGGCCCAUCUGAAUUAAUAGUAUGUUUUUCAAAUGAAGCGAUCAAGGGGUGCGAAAAGAAGCCGUAUUCAGCAUAAUCACCACUCUUCACUGAUGAGGAUCUGCACAGAGGCACUCCAGUGCACGUUGCUGAUGACUGAUCUAAUUAACUGAUCGGCGUACACUAAACUGGUAGAAAGAAGUCCUGACAUUAAACUGUACCCCUGAAGAGCAGAUGACAGAGCUUCGGUUGUAUUUCUGAUGGCUGAAGAGGGCCUGAUAACGACACUGUAGGGCGGUUUUUUUUUAUGUCGAGCGUAUACUGGCUUCUACACCUGAACCCUGAAAGCGAGCUGGAUUAUGACCACAGUAAAUCACAGUAAAGGUAGUAUGAAUAACAGCCCUUGGACAACACACUGCAUUUACAUGCAGCGUACAAUGUCAGGGUUGUAACAGCAUAUCCCCCACCUUCAAUAAAUGUCAGAGCAGGAUCUGUCUGUCUGCCCCACUCUGAUCUGCAGCUUGGACAUUGCCUGUCUCCAGAUACCCGUCAGACAGAGGAAGGAUUUACACACAGGUAGAAAAGACACGCUGUGUUUGUGUGCAGCAUUAAGAGUGAUGGCUGCUUCUCCGGGACUGAAUGAAGCCCAAUUUUAUUUGCCCACGUGUGUUUGCAAGACUGAGAUAGUGACAGAGACAGAUUAAUAACAAAAAAACAGGAAGAAAGGAAGAAUUAGUGUUGCCCGUCCAGCUGUGACAGAUAGACAGCUGCACAUCCACCCUGCAGCUCUGAGACGGCUUACGUCGCAUCACAUCAGCUGAAACACGCGCACCAAUAUAUGCACGGACACUUCUGAGAUUUUCAAGUCUCACAUGUUACUUUGAGUGUGUUUUUCAUUACAUUCUGGAUAUGCCUUUUUAAAAAAUGUGCUUUAAACCUAUAACCUCCGAUAUGAGGUAGUGCCUCGGUGUCCAGUAAGAGUCUGAAUGGAUGCAGUUUUACUCUACAGUUUGUUGCCUGGAUCUCAUGGAUACUCUGAUGCCUGUCUGUAAAUGUUCAAACUAAACACCCGUGUAUGUCUUGCACACAUUAGGUUGGGUGAAUGAAACAAAAAGAAAAGAAGUACUAUCGUGCAUCAUUUGAAUGUGGAAUAUUGUUUUUCUUAAAUCUCUGCAAAUACAACAAUCUUAAAGUCUUUAUUUUCUGCACAUAAUUACCAAUGCUUUUUUUGUUUCUAACACAUCGAACACUGGUAUCCAGUCCAAUAAAUGAGACCAAACGUGCUUUGAUAAAGAGCAUUUUACAAACUGAAGCCUUUUGGAAAAUCAUUUAUCUGCUUAAAGACUGCAGACUGAUUCUAGUGCAGCAACACUGUAACUUUUUAUUUGUGUGUUUUCUGUUAGGGGUGUAACGAUUCUCCAGAUCCACGGUACAGUUCAUGUUUCUUUUGAAUUAACGAGAAAAAGCAGGAAACAUGUUUUUGACACGAUUACCUACCUUCACAGGACAUCACUGGACGGGAGGAUUAGGGCCACUGAAGAAAAUAUUUUUGGGUCGUCACUUUUUCAUCUUCAGUGGGCCUAAUCCUCUCCUGUAGGUAACAGCUGUCCCCACACUAACCUGCUUUUAACCAGGUAUUAUCAGCUCCACAUGACUAGCUAUCAUAAGCACUACAAAAUCAUGUCUAUUUAGCACAUCGUUACAGGAUGCAAGUUACCAAAACUAUCUGUCAGCUGCUAAUAUUCAUCCCAUAUUUGCAAACGCAUGCUGUUUAUACUAACACAAAAAUGCUCCAGUAAACAGACGCUCAUGUAAACUGUGGAUUUUAUAGCAAAGCUUGGCUAAUGUGCCAGACGUGACCCUGCAGUUAGCAGGAGAUCCCUGUGUCUGUCUGCCAUGGCUGUCACGUAAUCCUCCGGGUCCAUCUGUAUUUACAGUCUUGCACUGAGUUGAUGCACUUAACUUUUACAUGAUCUCAAUAUCGUAUCAAUAACAAGAUGAGAGCGCGGCAUCGCUGAGGUCUAACGAACGAGGCCGUGGAUCUAUCGCAAUUCUGAACUGUUACACCCCUAAUCGGCAUCUGUCACUGCAGUGAUGGUCUGUGUAGUGGAUAUAAAAAGUCGACACACCUGUUAAAAUUUCAGGUUUUAUUGAGACCGAGAUAAUUAAUUUCCAACAUUUUCCAUCUUUAAUGUGACCAACAGUUUAUCCUGUACAGUUCACAUGAAAAACAAACUAAAAUCCUUAAAAGGAGGGAAAUCUCACAUUUAAAGUAAGCUGGUUGCAUCCCACAGCAUUUAGUCUUUUGGGGGUAGCAUUCUGUCAGCAUGGCACAUCGUAAAUUAACAUUAUUGACCCUCUCCAAAUCUGUCAGGUUGUGAGGGUAUCGCCUGUGCACAGCCCUCCUCAGGUCACCCCACAGGUUUCCUUUGGGUUCAACUCUUCUGGUGACGAUAUUUUUGAUGACUUGGUGAAAUUCAUAUCGAUCUAGAACGUUCUAGCAGAUGCCUGAAGGUUUCGCACCAAUGUUGAUUGGUAUUUUAGACUGUUCUUUAUUUCCUGCACCUUGACUACCAUUUAUUUAAGUUCCCCAGUGCCAGCUGAAGAAAAACAGCUCCAAACCAUGAUGCUGCCACCACCGUGCUUCACACUGGGUCUGUUUUGGUGAUGGGCAGUUUUUGGACUGUGGCCACAGAGUUCAGACCGUAGAACAUUUUCCCACAUGCUUAUGGAAGAAGUGAAGGAUGCAGAGGUUGUAUGCAACCAUAACCCCUGUUACAAAAGGACGUGCAACCACAUUAUUUCAUUAUUUAUUUAUUUAUUUAUUCCCUCCGAAACAUUUUCAGUUUGUUUUUAAAUUGAAAGCUCUCACCCCCAAACGGUCACGACAGAUGGCCCCGCCCAUCCCCGAGCCUGGUGCUGCUGGUGGUUUCUUCCUGUGUAAAGGGAGUUUUUCCUUCCCACUGUCACCAGGUGCUUGGUUAUAGGGGAUGUCUGAUUGUUGGGGUUUUCUCUGUAUUAUUGUAGGUCUUUAUUUUUGACUAUAAAGACCUUGAUGUGACUAUUGUUUGAAUAUAAACAACAUUGAAAUGAAUUGAAUGUUUUAUCUUGGUCUUACUUGGCAUUUUAACAGGACUGCUUUUAUAAGUUUGAUUGAAUAUUUAAUCAGCAAGUGUAACAUGAUGCAUUUCUGAUUAGCGGUUUCAUGUUUUUGCAGUGUAGAGAACAUUAGCACUUUUCUUCUUAAUUUACUUACAUUUACUGUGAAUCUUUUCAUAAGUUGAGUAAUGUUUUUUCUAUCCUUUCUGUGUUGCUGGUGUACACUAGUCACACAAUGGUUGUUUUUAUACUUGCUGACUAAAAAUUAUAUUGAUUCUGCACACUGAGAUGAAAAAAACUAUUCGGUGUCAUUUAGUGUUUUGAAAGCUUUGAAAGCUGUUUUAAAGCUUCUAGUUUGAAUAAGAUAGGAGCGCAUAAUAAAGCAAAUCUAAAGUAUUAACAUGUUUUAUGAAGAAUGUUCACAUGAUGUCAGAAAAAAUCUAUCUAGAUUGUGAAGUUGACGAUGUAUCAGAGUGGACUUCACAGCAUCUCUACCCCCCUACAUCAUUUUGUUCAUGCCCAAAUCCCUGAGCCUUUUUAUCAAAACCCACUUGUUCCUGUUCUACUCCUUCCCUUCAUUGCAAAUCCUCCCAGUGAAAAACACAGGAGAGAAAAUGAGAAGCAGAAAUGGAGGGGAGCAAAAUCUCUCAGAGGAGAAGGGCCCAUUAAGCGAGCCCCCUUUUCUCCAAAGAAUGUGCCCAGAGAUGGAGGGAGAUGAAAGAAGUAAAAGAAAAAAUGCUCUCUAUACUUUCUAAAGAUAGAUCUUUCUUUUACUCUAAGAGGGAGGCUAACAGGGAGGCAGGUUGGGGUUUGGAUUGAAGGAGAGAGAGAAUAGACGGAGGAGGGCAGGUUGUUUCAAACACAAAAGCAGAUGAAAGAAGUCUUUUGGCAGAAUAGACAGCGUGAUGAAGCCUCACAUAUGCACUGCACACACACACACACACACACACACACGCACAGACGAGCAAACGCCAUCUAACCACCGCAGACCUCUAUUAGCCAAGAACCCAGAUUUGCAGCAAGCUCUCAAAACACCGUUAUCUAAAUCAUUGUUUCAUGCAUUUUUUUCCACAUCGCAGAUAUUCCCCAUAUUGACUUAUUUCAUCAUGCUGCAUCUUAUAAAAUGCUGUUUUGUGCCUUAGUCAACAAGUAUUUUACUUAUUUUGUGCUUGCAUAUCCAUUUUCAGUGUGCCGAGCCCCUCUCCCUUCCAUAUCAAUCGACUCGCGUAUGAUUUACACAUUAUAUGACUCAUUCUAGCAGCCUUGUGCCAUAACCCAAUCAAUGUGGGGCUGGAUUCAAAUAGAGGAAUGAUAUACGGGUGUAUUUAUGUUGUGCUACCCGUGCACUUUUCCCUUGCGCUCUCUCUCUCACUCUCUAUCAAACUUUUUGCAAGUUUCUGGCGUCUUUUCAUGCGGCCCUUUUAAAUCAGCCUCCCUCCCUCCCUCUCCCUUCUCCAUCACAGACUACUUUGAAGCCUUUUAAUAUUUCUAAUUAGAUAAUGGAGCUGAUUGCAUUCAUAAAGCCCUGCGGUAAGCAUUUCUAGCCCUGAGGCCAUCUCUAUUUUUUCUCUCUUUCCUCCUCCUCCUGUGGAAAUAUUAUCGUACAAGCACUCUAAGAGGUCCUCGGGCCCCUCUGGAACAGCGAAUGGUGCCAAAGAGCCAUCCCUGUCUCUUCCUGAAUAAAAAAGAUCCUUUUUUAUUUUUCUCUUUACUAAUUGGAGAAGGGAGAUAAAAUGGGGCUACGGGGAGUUUUAAUCUCCUUUCAGAUCCAUGUGAUGAUUCUUCUCAGGAUCCUCGCCCGAGGGCUUUCAGCCAGGAUCAUUAGAAAGCGUUCAGCAGUCAUCCAAAGAGCGUCCAAACCUCUGGUUUUUAUCCUGAUUUUUUCUUCUUAUCUUUCUUUAAGUGAUUUAAUGUUUUGUCAAUGCUUGCAGUGAAAAAGGAGAAUUUAGAGCGUGGAGGGUCUGCAGUCAGGCAGCAGAUUUACAGACGUGUCGUCUUUUGCAUUUCAGUAGGAACCUUUAAAACAUAAUUACAGCACGGCUACCGGGUUCAUUAACUUCCGAAUAACUGCACUGUUUCUACAUCUAAUUACACGAGAGUAUUAAUUCAUUAAAGUCUGCUGCCGACGCUCUCUUUAAUCACUUUUUAGUUUUGCAACCUUUCAUGCUUUCAGCUUGAUUGUAAAUUUAGAUACAACCACACGUUGAGAUUUUAUCUUACUUUAGUGUAUAGCUUUGUUUUUUAUUUCUUAAUCAAUUAAAUGUUUCUUCUGUAAAUCUGUUGGAAGCAGAGAGGCUUGAUCAUUUUGAAACACGGCCUCAGAUGAAGCUGAAUUUAGUUCACUCGCUCCGCCUGAAUAAAAUCAGCCUUGAGGCUGUAAACUUCUUCAUCCCUGGUCUAAGCCACAUUGUUGUUAUAUUGCUUUUGUGCACUUUCUCUGCCUCUGUCAAGAUUUGAUGGUUGUCUUUCAAUGUCAUGCACUUUGAGGACAUUAAAUAUUGAUGUCAGUCAAAUAACUACAUUUAGAAACGCUCCACUGUUCACUUAAUUGAAUACACUCAAUUAGCAUAGGAUUUGUUUGUCAUUUUAAUAUUUGAAACGAAAUUAAAAUUUGGUUAAUUCCUUUAGUUUGUUCUCUAAUUGGGUUUGAAAAUCAAUUUUUAGAAAACCGUUUUCGUCCACGUCUUUCAUUUAAACUCAGUCCUACAAUAUUCAUGAGCGAAUAGUGCAGCAGGUGUCAUUUAAAGGAAUUCAUCUCUCUGUAAGCUUUGAAGAAAAUAUGCAAAGUUUGUAAAUGCAGUUUAUUGAAGGUGUAAUCGCAAGAUGCCAAAACUGUCUCACCGACGAACGACUUUAUCUAAUUGAGGAAAUGAAGCUCUGUGUCUUUUUUUCAUAUGUUCUAAAUUAGUUUUUCACCUUUUAUCUUCUGAAUAUCUAUUACAGUUUCACUUCAUAAUGUGUUUUUGAUUCCUCUGCCCCGGCAGUAAAUGAUUAUCAGCUGCUCACAUAUUGCUCCAUUUAUUUCUGGGGACUGUAAUGUCAAUUUCCUUGAAUAAAACUGAAGAAGAAUUGAGCCCUCUAAACCUCCAAAGCCUUGCACUCUGGCCUGCCUCAAACAUUUAAAGUGGUAUUUUAGCUUGUUGAAUUUCACGGUCUUGGAAUAAAAAGAAAAUAGAUUGUGGUGAAUGUGAAGGUAAUAAAGGUAAUAUUUUUCUAUGAAACUGUUUUGUGUGUCUUCGUUUUUUUAAAGUUCAGCCUCCACUCGCGUCUUUCCUCUUGACUUUCUUUUCAUUUCUAAGCAAAUAAAAAAAGAGCACUGAUGCUUAUCACAUAAUGGAAGUUGCUGGCUUUACGCAGGUAGUCUGGGAGAAGAGUUCAGUAAGACUGGAUGUUGUUUUUCGCUGAUAGACCGAGCGCGGAACAAAACAGUUUGGAGGAGCUUUCUUCCCUGAUCUCUUCAGAAAGUUUAAACUCUUUGAGCUGUUUGAUACCCAUCUACAAAUGCAGCGCAGACACGGAGCGACGUUAUCGCGGCGGGACUCUCGAGUAGCUCCAGACGGUUUAGAUUAAUACUGUUAUUCUUUCUGUCUCUU